UUCUCCGACUGUUUUUUCUGAAAUUCCGGUGAGGUUGCUGGUGUUUCCGUUCACCAUCUUUUCUUUCUUGAAUAUUGUUGAUGGCUGAACCAUCGAAUCCACACAAUGUGGAGGGUGAAAAUCCUGAACAGCCGAUAGUAGCUGAAGAAGAAGACGAGGGGGCUGCCGGUGUUGGUUUACCGGCGUUAAGGUGGACCAAGAAGACUUUUGACAAUCUUAUGCUUACUGUCCAAAUGCCCCCUGAAUAUGGGGCUCAAUAUCCAUCGGAGGGUGAUACUGGUGCCGACGCUCCGGCCGGUUAUGUGACCAUGUGGGCCGACUUUUUUGGUGACUGUAAUCUCCGGUUACCGUUGACGGUGUUUGUCGUGGAUGUCUUGGAGUGGUACAAGGUCCACAUUUCUCAAGUGAGUCCGUUUGGUAUGAUUCGGAUUCGAAAUUUUGAGUUCACCUUCCGUGCUCUUGGUAUAGAGCCUACCGUCGGAGAUUUCCGACGGUUCUAUCAGAUGACAGUGUCCAUGGGGUUCUUUUCUUUCCGUCAACGAGACGGUACCCCCAAGCUGAUGACUCCCCCCAAGGGGAUGACGAUGUGGAAGAAGAAAUUCUUCUAUAUCAAAGCUGCUGCCAUUGUUGCAGAUAUGACGUUUCGGAACGUGACCGAGACGAUCAUCGCGGAGACCAUUGCGGUCCCUAGCUCGAAGUCAGUGGAAUGGUUUCCUCAGUUGCAGACCAUUGAGACCGUGAAGCUGACCAAUACGCAACUAUGGCUGUUGCGUAUGAUGCUGAGGAGGAGCAAGAACUCGAAACCCGUGGUGCGGGAGAAGAGCGGUGAAAAUGCUCCUGCAUGGAGGAUGUUUGCCCCGGAUUUCCUGGGUACGGUUGAGACCGUGGUUUGUGCGGAUGGUGAAGAGGAUCACAAUACUAUCAUCCGUAGCAACUUCCGGGUGCCUACUGAGGCUGCACUGGCAGUUGAGUUGCCGUCAGGCAAAGGUAUAAUAUCCAAGCUUUCCGCGGAGUCACGUUCUGGUGCUGCGAAGAAGCAUGCAGAAGAGACUUCCGCGGGAGGGACAGCUGCGGGUCCCCCUGCAGUCGGUGAGAAGAGAGGGCCAGAGCAGAAAGCUGCUGGCGGUGUUGAAACCAAACGUCGGAGGCUGGUAACCAGAAGGUCCGCUCCGACGCAGAAAAAACCUGUGGUUGUCACUGAGCCUCAAGAUGAAGAUUUUUCUAUCUUCGAUGCUCCGGAGUCCCCCCCGCGUGCCACGGGUGCGGGUGCAACGGAGGUGCCGUCGACACCCCCUGCCAAGGUGGUGUCGGAGUCGACUGUGCGGACAAAUGGUACCGCAGAGAAUGUGGCCACCCAGAUUUUUGAUACCGUGGAUUCAUCCAACAAUCUUAUUAGUCCCCCUGAUGGGGAUAAUUUGGAUCUGCGGUUUUCUGAUGCUGGGAAAGGAAAGUCUGAUGCGGAGGCGCAGAAGACUGAUACUGAGCCGCAGAGCUCUGCUGCUGGGGCGAAGGUUACCGGUGCUGGUACCGGUGGUGCGGGCUGA